UUUCAAUCAAAAUUUGUAAUACAAAAAGAUAGCAAAAAUAGCUAAGGAAAUAGAAUUUGGUGAAAAAAAUGCAUGGAAGAAAGGAAUUGGCAAUGUACAUGCCUUUCCUUCUUCCAUGCAAGAGGUGGAUAAUGAUGAAAUGGAGACACCCAUGAUGGGUGGUGGGCCCAUGACGGAGCUCCACCCUGCACAGUCUGCGGUGCUCAUGACCGCGGAGGAGGAGGAGGUGGAAGACGAGGAGGAAGAGGGUGGAGGAGAUUACCCUCCUAUAAAUAGUUUUGAAGAUGUUAAGUAUAUAUGGUGGGAAGAGUCUUAUAAAUUAUGGGUUAUUGCAGGACCAAUUGCCUUUAAUAUACUUAGUAAUUAUGGUAUUAAUUCUUUUACUAAUAUAUUUGUUGGACACAUUGGAGAUGUCGAGCUCUCUGCUGUGGCUGUUGCUCUUUCUGUUUUUGGAAGUUUUGUUUUUGGUUUCAUGUUAGGCAUGGGAAGUGCAUUAGAGACGUUAUGUGGGCAAGCCUAUGGAGCAGGACAAAUACAGAUGCUAGGAGUAUACAUGCAAAGAUCAUGGCUAAUCUUGCUUGGUGCUUGUUUCGCACUUUUACCACUCUACUUAUAUGCUACUCCGAUCCUCAGGCUCCUCGGUCAGGAGCCUGAUAUAGCGGAGUUAGCAGGGAAGUUCACCAUACAAUGUAUCCCUCAAAUGUUUUCACUUGCCAUAAAUUUUCCGACCCAAAAAUUCUUACAAGCGCAAAGCAAUGUAGCAAUCAUGGCCUAUGCCGGUCUCAUGGCCUUGAUCGCUCAUGUCGUAAUGCUUUAUUUUUUCAUUGAGGUGUUCGGAUGGGCUACUAUGGGUGCUGCAUUGGCCUUUAAUAUCUCUGCUUGGGGGAUUGCUUUGGCUCAAAUGUUUUAUGUAUUUGGUUGGUGUAAGGAUGCUUGGACUGGCUUCUCUUGUUUGGCUUUCCAAGACCUUUGGCCUUUUUUUAAGCUGUCUUUUGCUUCUGCUGUCAUGAUUUGCUUGGAGAUUUGGUACUUCAUGAGUAUUAUUAUUCUUACUGGACACCUUCAAGAUCCUGUUCUUGCUGUGGGUUCCCUAUCUAUUUGCAUGAAUGUAAAUGGAUGGGAAGGCAUGAUGUUCAUAGGAAUCAAUGCAGCUAUAGGGGUUCGAGUCUCAAAUGAGCUCGGAUCAGGGCAUCCAAGGGCAGCCAAGUACUCGGUUUUUGUGACCGUGGCUCAGUCGCUUUGCAUAGGUCUAGUUUUUAUGUUCAGUGUGAUGCUCACAAGGAACCAUUUUGCUGUAAUCUUUACAGAAAGUAAAGAAAUGCAAAGAGCUGUUGCUCAUUUAGCUUAUCUUCUGGGCAUUACUAUGGUUCUCAAUAGUGUCCAGCCAGUCAUAUCAGGUGUUGCUGUUGGAGGAGGGUGGCAGGCUUUAGUUGCAUACAUAAACCUGUUUUCUUACUAUGUUAUUGGAUUACCUCUCGGAUUUUUACUUGGUUACAAAACUUCUUUAGGUGUGGAGGGUAUUUGGAUUGGAAUGAUUUGUGGGACCAGUCUUCAAACAUUUAUCCUAGCCUACAUAGUUUACAAAACGAAUUGGAACAAAGAGGUAGAAGAAGCUUCAGAAAGAAUGAGAAUAUGGGGUGGACAAGUAGAAGAGUCAGUAUAUGAUGAAAGAAAGUCUCUUGCCUUGGUUAUAGUCCCCUCUGAAUCAUAUGUUGACUAA